AUGUUGAAGAUUUGGGUGUCUUGGCUAAUGAUUAUGUUGCUUUUGUGCUCAAUAGCAACAGCAAUAGCUCAAAGUCCAGCCGAUUCAAAACCUGGUUGCCGAGACAAAUGUGGUAAUGUUAGUGUUCCCUAUCCAUUUGGCAUCGAUGAUCCCGGUUGUGCCGAAAACGAGGACAUGUAUCUAAAUUGUAGUCAGAGUGAUGGUGAUGAUCCUGAGAAGUUGUGGUUUGAUAAUGUUCCUCUUCUUAAUAUAUCAGUGCUUGAAGGCUCAAUGAUUGUCAGCAUCCCCACAUCAUAUGACUGCUACAACCAGUCCGGGUUGAUAAGUAAUGUUUCUUAUUCUAUCAAUCUCGGCCAGGGCCUCUACAUGUUUUCAGAAACCCAAAACGUGUUCACAGCUAUAGGUUGUGAUACUAUGGCUUUUGUAAGCAACGAAGAGGUAACAUAUGGGGCUGCUUGUAUCUCCUUGUGCAAUGAAACUGUGAGUCUGGCCGACAACAGUUCUUGCUCAGGUUCAGGAUGCUGUCAGACUUCAAUUCCUAAGGGUCUGAAGUCUCUGUAUAUUAGCUCCAUGUCUCUACAAAACCACACGAAUAUUUCAGACUUCAAUCCUUGCGGAUAUGCGUUUUUAGCGGAUAAAAGAUCCUUCAAGGCUUCAGAUUGGCAGCUCUCAGGUUGGCCAGAUGGAAAUGUUUCAGAUGUUGUGAUCGACUGGGUUGUCGAAACUAAGACGUGUGAACAGGCUCAAGCGAAUACUAGUUCAUAUGCUUGCAGUAAUAAUACUAAUUGCUCUGAGAAUGGCCAAGGAUAUCGUUGCGAAUGCAAAGACGGAUUCACAGGAAAUCCCUAUCUCUCACCAGGAUGCCAAGAUAUUGACGAAUGCGCUGAUCAACGAAGAUAUCCUUGCAAAGGAAAGUGCAAGAACACGCCUGGAAAUUACACAUGCACUUGUCCACUGGGCAUGCAUGGUGAUGGUAAAACAGGUUGUCAAGGAUUUGGUAUUGCCACAAUAGCUUCAGUUACUGGAGGAAUUAUUUCCCUUGCGAUUAUCGGUGUGCUACUCUACAUAAUUUUGACGAAAUUAAGAAAGGAGAAAAACUUCAGAGAAAAUGGAGGCAUGGUGUUAAAGCAUCAACGACCAUGGAAUGGUGAUCUCAGAAUUGGAGCUUGUCAAGAAAGUGAGAAGGGCGAAGGAAUGUCUGCGGCCCAACAUUUAUUGAACCCCAUUUUCUCGGGCGAUAGAGCUGCCUCUUUAGACUUCGAGGCUCGAGCUUCAUUUGGAACUUCAGAAAAUUGA